AGUAGGACAUGUUCAUUCGUUAGUAAAUUUUACAGUACCAUGGCAGAUGGAGUAGGUACACAUGUUUGUACAUUUCCUGGCUGCAAUAAACGUUUUAAAAAGAACAGCAGGUUACAGAGUCAUUAUUUAUCACAUACUGGCGAGCGUCCACACAUCUGUAGUUUUGAGGGUUGUAACAAAGCUUUUAAAAGAGUGGAUCACUUAAGUCGUCAUCAACAAGUUGCCCAUGUGUCAGAUGAGGAACAGAAUCAGAGUUGGGAAUGUGAAGAGAGUGACUGUGAGUCCACAUUUAGUUCUGUGUAUGCCCUGAAGAAACAUAUAGCCCAGUGCCAUGAAAGAGAUACGUACAAGUGUACUGUGAUUGGCUGUGAGGCUGUGUUUAACAAGCAUCAUCAAUUAAAGACACAUAAAUUAGAAGAGCAUGCACAGGGCAGGCUGUUGUGUUGUCCAGUCGCUGGGUGUGGUAAGGCGUUCCCAACACAAAAUAAACUGAAGAGGCAUCAGAAAAUACAUGAAGGGUACACAUGUACAGAGAGUGAGUGUGGUAAGAAGUUUGACAAAUGGUCAUUGCUAGUCAAACAUAAAAAGGUGGAUCAUGCUACAGUACAUGAGUGCCCAGAAUGCAAGAAAACAUUCAGUCAGAAGCAGUGGUUAAAACAACACAUGUUGACACAUGCUGACAGGCGUAUGUCAUUUAUCUGUAACCAUGACAACUGUGGACGUUCCUACCUAGAUCAGCGUAAUCUAAAUGCUCAUAUACGUAGCUACCAUGAAGGAAAGAGAUUCUCUUGUGAACAUGAUGGGUGUAGUCAGACAUUUACUACCAAGCAAAAAUUACAACAACAUCAGAAGUUACAUGAUCCUAACAGACCAUUGCCCAAGAAAGCUAGAAAGAAGAAAUCAAAGGUAGAGAAGCUUCUGGGAAUAAGCUUGGAAACGGAGUCCAGAGGUCAAGAUCAUGCAACCUUUUACUCUCCAAACAGAGAAGAUAGUAUAGAUCUACCUGACCUAUCACAUUUACAUGCAGAUAAAAAUAUACCUGCAACUUUAACAAGCCCAGGUGAAGUAAAGGAAGAGUAUAUACAACAUAGUGAAAUGAUGGAAACAAUUCUUCAAACUGCAUUACGAAAAGUUAAAAGUAUUGAAAAGAGUAAACAUGAUGAUAGAAAUGAAGUAAGUGAUGAGAUAGGACAUAAGGAAAGUGCUGAAAUAGAAGUUAUUGAAAGUGAUGAAAAAAAUGAAACUGAAAUUAAUACAGAAAGAAACAAUAGUGAAAUUGAUAUGGAAAUUGUAAAACACAUGAAUAAAACAGAGAAAAACUCAAGCAACAAUAUGGAAUUUUCAAUAUAUAUCCUUGAUGGAAGUGAUGGUAACUUGCAGAAAGUAAACAUGUGUUCAAACAAUUCCAUGGAAGCUAGUCACAAUCAUACUGACACAGUUUAAUAUUGUCUGAAGUAAAGUUAAGUUGUUACAGUUUGUGCUAUAUAUACAUUCUGU